AUGAAGAAUAGUCCUACGAUGGAAUAUAGCCAAAAUUCAUUUUUCAGUGAUGUGGGUUCGACGGUUUACAGUUCUAAUAACUCUGUACAUAAUUUUGCUGACAACACUGGUGGAGAAUACUUGGGAUAUAAAAAUAGAGUAUCGAUUAAAAAAUCGAAAUUAAGCAAGUAUUUCACCUUCCUGCCGGUUGUCUCUCUGAUCUCAAUAGUAAUAUUUUUCUACACUACAACUCUAUCGUAUCACCUAAUCCCCCUAAUUUCUCAGUCAUCAGAGGUCUAUGAGAACCAGUUCGUAUACGAAUUCUCAACUUAUCACUUCUUUUUCACCUUAUUCAUAAUAAACUACUUAUUAUGUUUAUUUGUAAAGCCUGGUACCAUACCAGAUGACCAAAAAUGGAAUGUAGAUCAAUCCAGUCCGGAUCUUAAGUUGCUUGAAAAAAAGAAAACGGGCGCUCCUAGACAAUGUCGCUGGUGCAAUAAGUUUAAGCCGGAUAGAACUCAUCAUUGCGAUCGCUGUGGUACAUGUGUUUUGAAAAUGGAUCACCAUUGUCCCUGGACUUCACAAUGCGUGGGCUGGAACAACUAUAAAUAUUUCUUUCUCACAAUUUUUUACGCAACUUUAACACUUUUAUACACAGUAUACAUCCUCACACCAACUAGCGUAAACUCGCUUCAUGAUAAGACGCCAUUUCAGAUUGUAUCCAUUAUUUUCAUUGUAAACAUAUUUUCCCUAAUCAUUUCACUAGUGUUGCUGUUCUUCUUCAAUUUCCACUUGUGGUUGAUAUUGAGAAACAAGACUACUGUGGAGUAUUUGGAAGGUUUUAAACCUAUUAGGCCCGAUUGGGAUAUUGGGAUUUAUCGCAAUUUCUGCAGUGUACUUGGUUCUAAUCCGUUUUUAUGGUUUUUACCCGUACCAAACAAAAAUACGUUUUCUGAUGGGCUGACAUUUAGUAAGAAUUUCGAACACUACAAUCAAUCAAACACAAUUUUUGAUGACAUGAACUUUAAUGAUAAUAUUACAGAAAUCAUGAAUUCCAAUGAAACUAUUGGAGAUAUUAAUUCUGAAUUCAUAAGAACGUCAAGGGAAAAUGAAUUAUUUAAACCAAUCAUCGAUUAA